AUGCUUCUCAAUAGCAUAGCCCUUGUCGCGUCUUUCCUCGCUGGGUCUGUCUCCUCUGUCACGGCCCUCGGAUCCUCUUGUACCGCCGCACUUGGAUCAGGAAGCGCCGCGGCUGGUGAUCCUUACUGGCAGGAGAGCAUCACUCACCAGGGCACCGCGCCGUACGCCGAGUCGGGAUACAAGGUCUUCCGCAACGUCAAAGACUACGGUGCGGUGGGAGACGGAGUUCACGACGACACUUCGGCGAUCAACGCGGCAAUCACGGACGGAGACCGAUGUGGCUCGGGAUGUGCUGGGACCACACUGACGCCUGCUACGGUGUACUUCCCCCAGGGUACUUAUCUCGUCAGCGCACCGCUCAUCGCGUACUACUACACCGAGCUCGUCGGCGAUGCCAAAGUCCUGCCGACAUUGAAGGCGUCAGCCAGCUUUGCCGGGAUUGCCGUCAUCGAUGUUGACCCAUACAUUGACGGAGGCAAUGGUGCCGAGUGGUAUGUGAACCAGAACAACUUCUAUCGGAGCGUGCGCAACUUCAGGAUCGACUUGACUGCAGCUGCGUCGAGUACGGGAUUACACUGGCAGCUAUCUCAGGCGACAUCGCUCUACAACAUCGUCUUCGAUAUGACGACAGGUGGGCAACAACAGGGAAUAUACAUGGAGAACGGAUCUGGAGGCUUCAUGGGCGACCUGGUCUUCAACGGAGGGAAAUACGGCGCGUACUUCGGCAACCAGCAGUUCACGGCUCGUAACUUGACUUUUAACAACGCGAACACGGCUGUCUAUGCGAACUGGAACUGGGGCUGGACAUUCCAGGGCCUUACAAUCAACAACGCGCAGGUUGGAUUCGAGGUCAACAUUGGCGACGUCAGCGGGACACCUCAGGGCGUGGGAGCGGAGGCCAUCAUUGAUGCGGUCGUGACCAACACUCCCGUGUUCCUCCAGCGCACCAAGACCCAAAGCACCCUUGACGGGUCUAUCGUCCUCUCUAACAUCAAGCUGACGAGCGUCCCGACUGCUGUGGGCGUCGACGACGGAACCGUUCUUCUCGCUGGUGGCACCACGACCAUCGACACCUGGAUCCAGGGCAACGUCUUCUCGGGUUCCAGUUCAACGGCCACCUACACGACGGGCAGUGCCGCCGCAAUCAACAAGCCUUCGUCUUUACUUGACUCUGGCCGCAUUUUCAGCAAGGGCCGCCCUACUUACGCCAACUACGCCGUUAGCGAAUUCGUCAGUGUGAAGGACGAGGGCGCAAAGGGAGACGCUACGACUGAUGAUACUGCAGCGCUGCAGGCAGUAUUCGACAAGUACGCCGGCUGCAAGAUCAUCUACUUCGAUGCCGGUAUCUACAUCGUGUCGUCGACGCUCAAGAUCCCCGCGGGUGUGCAGAUCGUCGGAGAGGCAUGGACUACGAUAAUGGGCAGCGGAGACGCGUUCUCGUCAAUUGACGACCCCAGUGUUGUCGUCCAGGUCGGCACCGAGGGCUCCACUGGCAUCGCCGAGAUCUCCUCGAUCCUCUUCACCACGCGUGCUCCCGCCGGCGGUGCUAUCCUUGUCGAGUGGAAUGUACACGACCCGUCCGGAAACCAAGGAGCGGCUGGCAUGUGGGACACUUUGUUCCGUCUUGGAGGCGCUAAGGGCACGAACAUGCAAACAGACCAGUGCGGUAACCUGCUUGGUGCCAACACGUCCCCAAGCUGCCAGGCCGCAUUCCUCGGACUUCAUCUGACCAAGUCUUCGAGCGCAUACCUCGAGAGCACUUGGGUGUGGCUGGCUGACCAUGAUGUCGAGGGCGGAACGAACGUUACGCUGUUCAGCGGUCGCGGUAUCCUCUCUGAGAGCCAGGGUCCCGUCUGGCUGAUCGGUACUGCAUCCGAGCACCACGUUCUUUACCAAUACAACAUUGCCAACGCUGCGAACCACUACAUCGGACUUGCGCAGACCGAGACCGCAUACUUCCAGCCGACCCCCAAGGGUCCCACUCCCUUCACGGUCGAGUCCGCUUACAGCGACCCCGACCUCCCAAGCGACGGCAUGGGGUGGGGCAUGAACAUCGUCAACUCGAAGGAUAUCCUCAUUUUCGGCGCUGGCUUCUACAGCUGGUACGACAACUACGAUGGAUCUUGCGUGACGCCGCUCGAGUGCCAGACACAGAUGUUCAACAUCGACUCUGCGAGCACUGACAUCGGCGUCUACUCGUUGAACACCGUUGGCACCAGUGGCUCGCUCAGCGUGAAUGGUGCCGUUGUUAUCCAAGCCGCGCCGCUCCAAAAUGGCCUGUCCAACACUGCGACGGUGUGGACCUCGAGCUAG